UGGCUUGUAUAUGAUGAUUAUGAAAAAUUUUUGGUGAAGGUGAAAGUAGGGGGUAUUUUUUAUGUUUUAGAUUUUUGAAAUUUUUGAUAUAGGUAAAACCUGUUAGUCGGAGAGAAUCGAAGACGGUCAGGUUGAGAGGGCAAAAAUGGUUACUUUGAGAUUUUGAAAAAUGAGUAAAUGUAACUAAAAGUUUAAUUUUUCUUUAAAAAAUGAUUGUUUUAAAAUUUUGAAAAAGUGGGUCGAAGCUUGACUACUGUGUAUGAUAGGGAGAUUUGGAGAAAAUGAGAAUAUUUAAACAGGGAGAUUUGGGUAUAUUUGGAGCUAAAUUAGUAUAUAUUCUUUGAUUCUGGGAGUUUUUUGACUUGUUAAAAAGUGGGUCAAACGGUGUGCCAGCGUCAGAGAUUACAUACUACUGCUUUAAGAAAGAGCGAGCUGGAACGUGCGCAGGCAGAGCAGGACCGCGCCGAGGAGAUGAGAAAGACCACUCUAAAACAACUGGAAACUUCAAGAGAAACGUUCACAAAACGUGAGGAUGAGCUUAACCGGACACAACUGGAAGACAGAAUGCGGGAGAUGAACAGAGCGGCAGAGGAAUUGAGAGAACAGAAGUCAGCUGAUAAAAUGGAAAUUUUGGAGAGAGAGAAGAAUAGUCAGGAUAUGCUGAAACAGUUGCAUGAGGAUAAAAAAGAAAUGGAAGGAAAUAUUCAAUCAAAUAUCAAUGCAAUGAAGAGUGAGAAUCUACAAUACCAAACACAGAGUCAUCAGGAGAAGAAGGUGUUCGCAGAGAAAAAGUUGCAAAAACUUAAAGAGAACGGUGCUAAGCUUUCUCUGGAGAUACAAAGCACAUCGGCUAUUGAACUAGUGAAUUAUCAGAACCAAAAGGAUCAUGAUCGUCGGAUGGAAGGAUUUGCGAAGGUCUCCGAGAUAACCAAGAGUAAUGUUUCGAUUGCUAUCAAGCAAGAUAUCACUGAGAAUCACUUCAUCACUGCUGCCAGUAAUAUGAUUAGUGCUGGACAGGAACUUCCGAAAGUGGUUGAUACGCUGGAUCGUCCGGUAGCUGGGUUGAAAAAAGGGAUUGAGAAGUCAAGGGUGAAAGGCCAACUGGCGGUUUGUCAGAUGGUUGUGGCCAAGAUCACUGACAGAUCCGUAAAACUCCAAGCAGCGUGCGAAGCGGUAUUAGGUCAGCAAGAAUCCCGUCACGAACAGAUUCAUGAACUACAAGGCCACGCUCGAAGCAUCCAAAAAAUGAUUGAGACCAUCAAUUCCAGCUUGACUGCGUUUAGUGAAUCACUGAGCAGGGAUCCGAUUGACAACUCGAUCGAUCUCUUCAAAGAACUUCAAAAACAUAGCCGUAUCCUGUAUGCUACAGUAAACAAGAUCCCAGUAGUCAGAAAGACUAACCAUGCUCUGGCAUGUGUGAGGAAAACCACUGAACACUUGGCUUAUGGUUCCUCAGGAAGUGAACUAUUAAGUCUUGAGGCGGCAGAAUCGAUACCUCAAGAGCAUUCGGAAGAAAACAAAGAAGAAAGAAAAGAGGAAAAGAAAGAAGAAAUCAGAGAAGAUGAGCAGGAAGGUUUCAUUGAAAAUUGUGAUUCCGAAAACGACGAUGCUUAA